ACAAACAGGCGCCCUCGUGGCUCUCCCCCUGGGCAUGCUGUCCGACAGAUUCGGCCGCGUCCCGAUCCUCGCCCUGAGCAUCGUGAGCCUCUUCCUCUCCGAGGGCUACACCCUCCUCAUAUGCUGGAAGUGGCGCGACGUCCCGCUGCGAGCAAUCUGGGGCUCCGGCGCAAUCAUGCUCCUCGGCGGCGGACGCGGAGUCGCCGAGGCCAUGGUCUUUACCAGCAUCUCUGACGUGAUUCCCGAGUCGAAGCGGGCAACCUGCUUCCAAUGGGUCGUCGCCGCCGUCCUCUCCUCCGAACUCUUCGGCCCCCUCAUCGCAAACCACCUCGCCGAAAUCUCCAUCUGGUGCCCCCUCCUCCUCGAACUCGGCCUCAUCGCGACAGGAGGCAUCCUGCUCCUCCUCCUCAUGCCAGAGACCCUCCCAGCACGCAACUCUCCCAUCCUCUCCCCCUCCCAACACCAAUCAGCAGCAGCCACAAAAUCCGUCCUCGCAGCCCUCUUCCGCCGCCCAGCAAUAUACCUCCUCCCGGGCUCCAUCCUCGCCAUGCCAGCCGUCACAUCCCAGUACGGCGUCGUCAUGCGCAUCAUGCCCAUCCAGUUCGACUGGCCCCUCUCCCGCGCCUCCCUCCUCUUCUCCCUCAACGCCGCCGUCACCCUCCUCACCCUGCUCCUCAUCCUCCCCGCGGCGUCCUACUUUCUUUACCGCAGCAGCGCAUCGUCGUCGUCGUCCUCUUCGCCUCUCCAGCGCGACAGGAUCCUCGCCCGCGCCAGCGUCGUCCUCUUCGUCCUCGGAUCGCUCUUCCUCAUGGUCGGCGGCAGGGUCAGCCUCGUCAUUCUCGGUGUCGCCGUCUCUGCGCUGGGAUCUGGUGUCCCGACGCUGUGCCGUACGCUGCUCGUUGCUCUUGUCGGGGACCAUAGGACGGGCUCCGUCUUUGGCGUCAUUGCUGCUGGCGAGGUUCUGGGGAUGCUGGCUUGCGAGCUGAUUAUCGGUCCGCUCUUUGAUAUCGGGCUCAGGACGUGGUUGGGACUGCCGUUUUGCCUUGGCGUGGUCAUUUCGACGGCGACUUGCGUGUUGACGUGGUUGGUCCGGAAGGUAGAUGUUUAA